CGCGUUAGUCGCACGCCCUCACAUAUUGUUUAAAGCACGGAGAGCGCGCGGCCAUAUCGGCAGCGGAUCACCGGCGUUAUCUAGUUCGACGUUUCGUAAAUAUUAGUGAAUUAUACUUUUGUUACGAAUCUCAACAUUAUCGUGAUUUUCAGUUAAGUGUGGUGAUACAUUGAUGAACAAUAUGAAUGCCCUAGUGUUGUUUGUUUUGGGAAGUCUCUUGGCGGCAACAGAGGCGUGCGGAGCCGGGAAACAGAUGCUAAGAACUGGUGGACUGACAGCGUAUGAGAAGCAGGCCAUCGUAGAUGCACACAAUCGUCUUCGACAGUCAGUAGCUCUCGGACAAGUAUCAAGUCAACCCCCAGCUGCCAAUAUGAUGGAAAUGGUGUGGGAUGAUGAAUUAGCAGCAACAGCGCAACGUUGGGCUGAUCAAUGCACACCAGCUCAUGAUCGGGCAGCCCAGAGAGAUGUUGGCAGAUUUCCUGUGGGGCAAAAUCUUGCAGCCACGUGGACUACUAGGCCUCCAUCUGGCCCAUCUGACUCAGAGCCCGACUUCAUGAAGCAGAUAAACGCGUGGUUCGAUGAAGUGCGCAUAUAUGGCUUCAAGCCUAUCAACGGUGGACACGGGACAGGACAUUACUCCCAGUUGGUAUGGGGCGAAACAUCACAAGUAGGCUGUGGAUAUACAUUCUACUACGACCCCAGUCGAGGUUAUACAAAGUUGUAUGUCUGCAACUACGGCCCUGGCGGUAAUGUCAUCGGAUCUAACCCAUACGAAAAGGGACGUCCAUCCUGUAGUACAUUUGGAUUAUCCGAAUCAAGGAAAUACUCAGGUCUAUGCUCGGCCGGCUUUACUGCUACCUCGAGCUAUCAAGUUGCGAAUAAUCUGAAUAACAACGGAUUUAUCUCGAACGUCAUCCCCGACAGUACUGGUGACACUCAAGCCUUCAACUACCACUUCUACAACCAGUAUGACAACGAAUAUCAGUAUCAGUACCAACAGCCGCAAACCUACUACCAAACUGAGGCCACCACAUUCAGGCCUUUGAUCAGCAUUUUCAAGACAGCUUCAAAUUUAUUCACGAAACCAAAGGGACUGCGAGUAGGAACAGUGUAUCUAUAAAAAAAUAUAAAUGAAUCACACAUGAAAAUACAUCGGUACACGAGUAUAUACAUCAAUAUGUAUACUUAGGUGUAAUUAUAGUAAGGGUCAUCGCAAAUGUAAUUUUCACGGCUAUAGUAUUCAACGUGAUGUAUUUAUUUUUAACCGACUUCAAAAAAGGAGGGAAUUCUCAUUUCGUCUGAAGGUAACAUUAAAUUGUUGUAGCCGAUUUCUCCAUCAAUUAUUAGACAGUUUUGACGGUUAUUUUUGAAUAAAUAGAGUUCCUUUUCUCAAUGGUUGGGCUUUGCUAGAUUUUAUGUAAGAAACUAGAGUGGGAUUCGCCCAUAAAAUUGGGUACGAUUUUUAUACGGAUGGAAAAGAGCGGCCUUUUCUACCUAAAUGUGAUAUUGCCAGUAAGUGUUAACAUAUUCAAAUACCUAGAUUUACCUUAUUUUAGAUUUAUAUCUGAAAAUCUUUGAUUUUUCGCAUCUUCACAUCAGUAAAUGAAGUGAAUCUUGAUAUACAAUAUUAAUAUAAAAUCUGCAAACUAUAUAAGUAAAUGGAAAUAAAUCUAAAGAUAUGAAUACGGAAAAAGCUGUAUAUAAAAAUGUUCGAACUAAAACUCAAAAAAAUGCAAUUCAAAUUUGAGUUAUAUAUAUCAUCGCGUAUCAUCUAUGUAAAGUAUUGAAAAGUACUACUAAAACGUGAGACAGUUUCGCUACGAUGAAUCGUGUCGAUGGCCCUUAACUUUUGUAUUAUUCGUGUGUGCUUCGCCUUAGCUAUCACUUUCAUAACAGUAUUUUAAUAAUUAAUGUGACAGGUGUGUUGCUCGACUGAAUAUUCGAAGCUCUGCUCUCGGAACUUUUGUAGAUAAUAUAUCCUUGGUUUUACAAGGGGCUUAGGAUAAUGUUUAAUAUAAACUUUAGUAUACCUGAGUAGAUUGAGGGCCUAAUAGUUUACACUAUUACAAUAAAUGUCGUGAUGGCCUUCUAGUAUUAAAUAAGCAUAAAUGUGUUGUUAUUAAGAAUAUUUAUAUUUUAUCGUAAUAAAUACUUUAUACAAAUUAAUUUAUUCUUUAUUAAUGUAAAUAAAGAUUAUUUUUUUAUA